CAUACGUUAUAAUGAAGUGAGCGACUGAAUAAUGCAAAUGUUUUAUUGAAUUAGUCUCCAGGUACUUAACAGGUUAAAGAAUUGUAAAAAUGGAUACUACAGAGCGGCUGAAGGAGCAGACGACACUGCAGAAAGUGAUAAAAACCAUCCUUCUCGUGGUUGUCUGGUCAUGCAUUGGUAUGUGUUUGGAAAUCACUGGCCCAACAUUAAUCGACCUGAAGAUUCGGAUAAAAACGGAUUAUGAAUCGAUUUCUAGCGCCAUAUCUGGACGCAGUGCUGGGUUCUUUAUAGGGUCGGCAGUUGGAGGUGUGCUUGUGGAUAGGUUUGGCCUUUACUGUGACCUUAUGGUAGCAAUUUCCCUGGAUUUAAUGGCGGUUUCUGCAGCUUCCGUUCCCUGGGUACCAAUGACAGAGCUAAUAUUCUUCGUUAGCCUUUGUGCCGGAACGUUUGAAGGUCUCAUCAAUAUCGCUGGCCAGAAACUUAUAAUAAACAUGUGGAAAGAGAAUUCAGCGUCGCCAUUACACCUUCUGCAUGGUGGAUUCGGCAUUGGAUCUUUCAUCAUACCAUUAAUCGCAAACCCUUUCCUUGCCAAACCUGCUCCAGACGACAAGAACGCUACCUUCGGAAAUGUAUCGUGUGAUUCUCAGUGCGAGGUAAACUUUACGACAACACCGGGACCAACCACAACAACAGAGAAAAGGUAUUUGGCGGACACUUCUAGAAUUGAAUACGCAUAUGGUAUUGCAGGUUUAAUAACUGUCGUAGUUUCAUUAGUGUUUUACACUUAUCACAUUUUCGGCAAAAAAGAUCGACAAAUUAUAAAGAAAAGCAUGGACAACGGAACAGGAAAUGACAAAUCAGACACUAGAACUUUGACUUUCAGAGAAAUGUUCAAUCCAGCCACGUGUGCAGCCGGUCGGUUUUUGUACGGGGUAGAAAUUUUGGUUUUUGUGUUUUUGUUUUUCAUGCAAGCCACUGGAGGAGAAAGGAUCGGGGGCAAAUUCAUACGCGCGUUUUCUAUUGACUACCACCACUUUUCGAGUGAUGAUGGCUCGUACAUCAACACUGUGUUUUGGAUUGCAUUUUCCUGUGGCAGGAUAGGUGCCUUUAUCGCGGCAAAAUGGAUUCCAAUCAGAAUAUUGAUCUUGAUUGAGACCGGUGGCUGCCUUGCCUCAUCCAUAGCUCUAGUCGUUUUGGGAACUUCUGGACCAUUAGCUUUAUGGGUAAUAAUGCCUAUUUUAGCUGUUUUCAUUGCGCCACUUUUCCCAUCUGGAAUAGGUUGGGCUAAUUUCCAUAUAGAAGUCACUGGUAUUGCCAUAACAGUAUUUUUACUUGGUGGCUCCAUUGGGGGUAUAGUUUACAUGAAGUUAAUAGGGUUUUUGUAUGACAACUAUGGUCCAAAAAUGUUCCUGUACACUCUGCUUGGCUAUGGAAUCUCUGUUUUUGUUCUUGCCAUUUUAAUGGAUAUAGUAGGUGCCCAACAUGGAAGCAGAUUUGACAAAAACAACACAUUGGACAACAAAGAAGAAGAAAUAAAAGAAGUAUGGUCGACAGAUACAGCGGAAAACGAUCAUAAGUUGAAUGGUUCUUCAUUUGACAAUGGCUACGAAAAGGUUGCAGUAGAUAACUAUUCCAGUUAUAAUUCAUAUGAAACAUUUACAACAAAGCAAAAGGAAGAUGCGAACUUUACCGUGAGCGAAAGACUGUGAUGUUUACAUGCUAUGAACAACAGAAAAAAACUUAUUUACGUACGGUUUCUUUGAAAUGUUACCAAAUAUGCAUUUUAUAUAUAGGUAUUAGGGAUGGCAACUAUUAACUGUUCGGUGUUCCGAGUUUAGUAAUCGAGUACCGACCAACCUGUUAGGUGUUGUUUUGUCUAUUAUCACUAUAGACAGAAAUUAAUCAGCGCAAUAGCUUCGAAACUGUAUAAAUAUAUUCAUGGGUGAAAUUAGU